AUGAUCAAAAAUUUAAUGCGGCUGCUUUUCAGCGGCGGCUUUUCACGCGAGAUCCCCGACGACCAUGACUUUUUCAACGAACCGUCCACCAUGCGACCGACGUUGACCGCCGCCGGCGCCAAGGACUGUUCGACGACGGACGAAAUUGCGUCAUCCUCCACCGCGUCUACUGCAUACCGAGCUGCUGCGAGAGGACUUCCUGGUGUCAAAAUUCAUUACGCCGCUCCCAGCGCCUGA